AUGCCUUUUGGGGAAAGUGCCCAGGUGGUCGCCAGAAAAUUUGAACUGCCAGCUCCGUGCAACCCGGGCACAGCCCGAGGUCGAUUAGAACGGGCCAGAUCACCAGCCAGCUUACAUAUCAAUGUAAAACUCAAGCCUCAAGACAAACUCUGGAAUGAACGAUAUUCAGUGCAACAGGAGACUUAUGACGAACCAGCAUACUCAUCCGGCCAGUCUGGCUGA